AUGGCCGUAAAACUAUUUACUCUAAUUUACAAUUCAUACUUGGUACCUUUUGCUCACCAAGUAAACGCGAUUGCUAGCCGAAAUGCCCUAUUGGCUCCUUAUCUUAAGGAUGCCUCCGCGGACACAAUUUUGUUGAUGUGCGCAAGUUUGGUGAUCGUAUCAAUUGUGUUCUUGUAUACGCUGAAAAAUGUUCUAUACGCACGGCCUCAUUCGAACGAACCCCCGAUUGUUCCUUAUUGGGUGCCAUUUGUUGGCUCGGCUGUAACUAUGGGUAUAGAUCCUAUCAAAUUCUAUAGAGAAAAUCAAAAAAAGUACGGCGAUUACUACACGUUCAUAUUAUUGGGCAGAAGAAUGGUCACGUGUCUCGGCACGGAGGGAAAUAACUUUGUGUUUAACGCGAAAAUCGCAGAUGUUAAUGCCGAGGAUGCUUACCGAUCCCUAACCGUACCAGUAUUUGGCAGGGGAGUAGUGUAUGAUGUGGAAAAUGCUAUUUUGAUGGAACAAAAGAAAUUUGUAAAAUCUGGUCUUUCUGUGGAAAACUUGCGCGCAUAUGUGCCAAUGAUUGAGAUGGAAACUAAGAAUUAUAUUGCUCGAUGGAAUAUGAAAUCAGCCGUUGAAAAUAUCUACCAUGUUACUUCACAAUUGAUUAUUAUGACUGCCUCUCGGUGUUUAUUGGGUGAAGAAGUUAGAUCAAAAUUGGAUGAAUCUUUCGCACAAAUAUUUCACGACUUAGAUGGUGGAUUCCAGCCAAUAAAUUUUCUAUUCGAAAACCUACCUAUUCCGUCUAAUAAACUUCGUGACCAAGCUCACGUGAAGAUGCAUAACUUCUUUUUGGAAAUCAUGAAAGCGCGUCGUGAAUCCAAUAUCAAAGAUCGCCAUGAUAUCAUGCAAUAUUUAACUACAGAAUGCAAGUACAAGGAUGGAAGAAAACUAUCUGACGAGGAAUCCGCUAAUAUCAUGAUUGCUAUGCUGAUGGCUGGACAACAUACAAGUUCAACAACCAGCGCGUGGGCACUCUUCUUCUUGGCCGAAAAUCCCGAAUUAUUUGAGCAAUUGCGUCAGGAACAGAUUAAAGUUCUUGGGUCAUUGGAUGCACCGCUUACGUUCGAUGCAAUCAAGAAACUAACCUUACAUGAUAAUGUUGUACGCGAAACUUUACGACUUCGUUCACCCCUUCUUUGUAUAAUGAGGAAAGUCGUAAGGGAUUUGCCGAUUCCGAAUACUAACUAUGUGAUCCCCAAAGGUUCUUACAUUCAAGGUGUUCCGACCAUUUCGUCGAGGUCGGAUGAAUAUUUUGAGCAGGCAGAGAAAUUUAAUCCCCAUCGGUGGGAAAUUUUUGACAAGCAAAAUAAUAAAGAACACGAUGAUGAUUUUGUGGAUUAUGGAUUUGGUGCACUUAAUAUGUCUAAAGCUAGGUCUCCAUUUUUACCGUUCGGUGCAGGCCGGCACCGCUGUAUCGGAGAACCAUUUGCCUAUUUACAAAUCAAAACCAUUCUCGCCACUAUUGUGCGUACGUUUAAGUUCGAAUUACCUGACAAUAAAUUACCUGAGUGCGAUUUUACUACAAUGGUGGUUCGACCUAAAGACCCUUUUAUUAGAUAUGUAAGAGUAGACUAUUAA